AUAUGACGUUUUCUGGAAACGGCAUUUACAUGAAGUAGAUGGAGCUUAUAAGCAGGAAAUGAUAUAGCAGGAAGAGCAGGAAGAGAGUGUAAAGCCAUUUUGGUGUGAAAUGAUGAAAAUGGAAGAGCAGGAAGAGAGUGUAAGAGAAGAGAGAGGAAGGGUUAAGAGAGAAAAGAUGUAUGAAGAGCUGAAACCAUAUAUUUAUUGCAUAUUCUCCAAUUUUUGCUUGGCAGGAUUCAAUAUAAUCUCCAAGGUCUCUCUAGACAAAGGCAUGAGUCGUUAUGUGCUUGUUGCCUAUGGACAUGCUUUUGGAACUUUGGCUAGUGCUCUUCUUGCGUUUCUGUUUGAAAGGAAGAAUGACAGCAAAAUUAGCGUACCAAUCUUAAGAAAUGUCUUCUUUUUGGGUCUGUUGGGAGCUGUGCUAGGGAGGACACUGUUCUACGCUGGACUGGAACAUACUUCAUCAGCUUUUGCAUCUGCAUUAGGCAACUUGAUUCCAACAAUGACCUUUAUCUUAGCAUUAUUAUGCAGGAUGGAGAAACUAGAGAUUUCUAGGCGUGGUUCUCAAGCCAAGAUAUUGGGAACCGUUGUUGCCUUUGCUGGUGCAACACUCAUGACCCUAUACAGGGGGAUUGCCGUGAUUUCUCUACAUACUCGAAGCUCGCAUCAACAUGUCUCCUCCUCAAAACUAUUCUUAGAUAGGGAUUCAAUAAAGGGCUCCCUCAUACUUGGCGUUUCAUACCUUUCACUGUCAGCAUUCUACAUAUUACAGACGGCUACAAUCAAGAUGUAUCCAGCACCAAUAACUCUCACAUCAUUGACGUGCUUAUCGGGCACCUUUCUCUCCACUAUUAUGGCAGCAAUUUUGGAUCAUAAAGCUUCAUCAUGGAGAUUGUCAUGGAACAUCACCCUUCUUGCACCAAUCUAUAGUGGAGUUAUGAUAUUUGGAAUUACAAUUUAUGUUCAAACAUUGGCAACAAGAAAAAAAGGACCAGUUUUCAUGACAGCGUUUAGACCAUUGGCCACAAUAAUUGUAACCAUUAUGGGCCUUCUCAUUUUAGGAAAUGCUUUAUACUUGGGAAGUGUCAUUGGGGCUGCAUUGAUAAUUCUUGGUUUGUACACAACUCUAUGGGGAAAGGAAAAAGAGAAGCAGGAUAAGCUAUUGGAGGAAACCGUACGUGUAGAGGAAAGUAUUGAAAUCAAACAAGAAAAGUAAUUAUGUAUAUGUUCAGGGCAGUGAAUCUACGGACAAAACGAUGCUUUGUAGGUUGCAUUUCUGCUAAAUCUUUACGAGACUUCACUCGUUCACUAGAGAAAUUUAGGGGUUUAAAAGACUUGUUGCAUGUGAUAAAUGCAAUCGUAUUUUCCACAAAAGAUGAUGUAGAGUAGAUGUUUAUAUUUCAUUUCUAGUUUUAAUGCUAGGAACUAGCAUUAUGUAAGU